GGCAGCCGGCACUGCUCGCAAACGGGCAACACCCACGACUCCCUCCCUACCUCUUUCUGCCGGGAUCCCGUCUUCCCCCCUGUGGGGCUUUUGGGUGAUUUUAGAGCCGGAUUUCUAUUGAGUUUGGUAGUCGGAGAGCAGCGCAGCAACCAUGGCUCACGCGGCGGCGCAGCUUAAGAAAUCCCGUGUGCUGGACAAGCAGGACAACGAGGCCAAGGCGGCGGAGGAGAAGGCUCGGCAGCGGAGGCGGCGGUCUAGGGAGCGAGCGGAACGCAAGCGCAAGUCGGACAGCAACACCAGCUUCCUGCGAGCAGCGCGGGCGGGGAACAUCGACAAGGUGCUGGAGUACCUGAAGGGCGGUGUGGACAUCAGCACCUGCAACCAGAAUGGGCUCAAUGCCCUGCAUCUGGCUGCCAAGGAGGGCCAUGUGGAGCUUGUCCAGGAGCUCCUGGACAGGGGAUCUGCGGUGGACUCAGCCACUAAGAAAGGAAACACAGCCCUCCACAUUGCCUCCCUGGCAGGACAAGGUGACGUGGUCAAAAUUCUGGUUAAGCGGGGCGCUGAUAUCAAUGCGCAGUCGCAGAAUGGCUUCACCCCGCUCUACAUGGCUGCCCAGGAGAACCACCUGAACGUGGUGCGAUAUCUGCUGGAGAAUGGCGGCAACCAGAGCACCGCUACUGAGGACGGCUUCACCCCCCUGGCCAUUGCCCUCCAGCAAGGCCACAACCAGGUGGUAUCCAUCCUGCUAGAGAACGACACCAAGGGCAAAGUGCGGCUGCCCGCCUUGCAUAUCGCUGCCCGCAAGGAUGACACCAAGUCUGCCGCCCUCCUGCUGCAGAAUGACCACAACGCAGACGUGCAGUCCAAGAUGAUGGUCAAUAGGACUACUGAGAGCGGGUUCACCCCGCUGCACAUCGCCGCUCACUACGGCAACGUCAACGUGGCCACUCUGCUGCUGAACCGAGGGGCCGCUGUUGACUUCACUGCCCGGAAUGGGAUCACUCCCCUGCACGUGGCCUCCAAGCGAGGAAAUGCCAACAUGGUCCGCCUCCUGCUGGACCGAGGAGCCCAGAUCGAUGCCAAGACCCGGGAUGGCCUCACCCCGCUGCACUGUGCAGCCCGCAGUGGGCAUGAUCCAGCCGUGGAGCUGCUCCUGGAGAGAGGGGCGCCCAUGCUAGCCAGGACCAAGAACGGGCUGUCUCCCUUGCACAUGGCAGCCCAGGGAGAUCAUGUUGAGUGUGUCAAGCACCUGUUGCAGCACAAGGCGCCAGUGGAUGAUGUCACACUGGACUACCUGACAGCGCUGCACGUGGCAGCGCACUGCGGCCACUACCGUGUCACCAAGCUGCUGCUGGACAAGCGGGCCAACCCCAACGCCCGCGCCCUGAAUGGCUUCACCCCCCUGCAUAUUGCCUGUAAGAAGAAUCGUGUGAAGGUGAUGGAGCUGCUGGUGAAAUAUGGAGCCUCCAUCCAGGCUAUCACAGAGUCGGGCCUCACCCCCAUCCACGUGGCAGCUUUCAUGGGCCACCUGAACAUCGUCCUGCUGCUGCUGCAGAACGGAGCCUCGCCGGACGUUAGCAACAUUCGUGGUGAAACAGCACUGCACAUGGCAGCUCGGGCCGGGCAGGUGGAGGUGGUCCGGUGUCUCCUGAGGAACGGAGCGUUGGUGGAUGCCAGGGCCAGGGAGGACCAGACCCCCCUGCACAUCGCCUCCCGCCUGGGGAAGACGGAGAUCGUGCAGCUACUGCUCCAGCACAUGGCCCACCCAGAUGCAGCCACCUCCAAUGGCUACACGCCCUUGCACAUCUCCGCCCGUGAGGGCCAAGUGGACGUGGCCGCCGUGCUGCUGGAGGCGGGGGCCUCACACUCGCUAGCCACCAAGAAAGGUUUCACUCCUCUGCACGUGGCCGCAAAGUAUGGCAGCCUGGAUGUGGCCAAACUCCUGCUGCAGCGCCGGGCCCCGCCGGACUCCUCCGGGAAGAACGGCCUCACACCACUCCAUGUCGCCGCUCAUUAUGAUAACCAGAAGGUGGCGCUCCUGCUUUUGGACAAAGGGGCUUCCCCUCACGCCGCGGCCAAGAACGGAUACACUCCCCUGCACAUCGCCGCCAAGAAGAACCAGAUGGACAUCGCCAGCACUCUGCUGAACUAUGGCGCCCAGCCCAACAUCCUGACCAAGCAGGGCGUCACCCCCCUGCACCUGGCCGCCCAGGAGGGUCACGGCGACAUGACUGACCUGCUGCUGCAGAAGGGCACCGGCGUCAACGUGGCCACCAAGAGCGGCCUGACGUCCCUCCAUCUCGCAGCUCAGGAGGAUAGGGUGAACGUGGCCGAAAUCCUGACUAAGCACGGGGCGAACCUGGACCAGCAGACCAAGCUGGGAUACACUCCGCUCAUCGUGGCGUGUCACUAUGGAAACGCCAAGAUGGUGAACUUCCUGCUGCAGCAGGGAGCCAACGUCAAUGCGAAGACUAAGAAUGGUUACACCCCCCUGCACCAGGCUGCUCAGCAAGGAAACACUCACAUCAUUAAUGUCCUGCUUCAGCAUGGGGCCAAGCCCAACACGACCACCAUGAACGGCAACACAGCCCUGGCCAUCGCCCGUCGCUUGGGCUACAUCUCAGUGGUGGACACGCUGAAGGUCGUCACCGAGGAGAUCAUCACCACGACAACCACGGUGACAGAGAAACAUAGGUUAAAUGUGCCAGAGACCAUGACAGAGGUUUUGGACGUAUCAGACGAGGAAGGUGACGACACCAUGACUGGUGAUGGGGGUGAGUAUUUGAGGGCGGAGGACCUGAAGGAGCUGGGAGACGACUCGCUGCCGGGGCAGUACCUGGACGGCAUGAACUACAUGCGCUUCAACCUGGAAGCGGGGCGCUCCGACAGUUCCGACAGGUCGCACACCCCCAGUCAGCACGGCUACUACUCGCCACGGCACGGCAUGGUGGAGGACAUGAUCGGCAGCCAUCACAUGUCCACUCUGGGCAGAGACAUAGAGAAGGACGCAUACCGUCUGGGCUGGGCUGCUGACAACCUGGACAACGUGGCACUUUCCUCCAGCCCUGUCCACUCCGGCCGUUCCUCUCCGUGCCUUGAUCAUGACAACAGCAGCUUCCUGGUCAGCUUCAUGGUGGACGCGAGAGGCGGAGCCAUGCGGGGGUGCCGCCAGAACGGCCUGCGCAUUAUCAUCCCUCCACGCAAGUGCAGUGCCCCCACGCGGGUCACCUGCCGCCUGGUGAAGCGGCACCGGCUGGCCACCAUGCCACCCAUGGUGGAGGGGGAGGGCCUGGCGAGCCGGCUCAUCGAGGUGGGCCCGUCUGGAGCACAGUUCCUAGGUAAACUGCAUCUGCCCACCGCGCCCCCCCCUCUGAACGAGGGCGAGAGUUUGGUUAGCCGAAUCCUCCAGCUCGGGCCUCCCGGAACCAAAUUCCUUGGGCCGGUGGUCGUGGAGAUCCCGCACUUCGCGGCCCUGCGGGGGAGGGAGCGGGAGCUGGUGAUCCUGCGCAGUGAGACUGGGGAGAACUGGAAGGAGCACCACUGCGAGUACACAGAGGAGGAGCUCAACGAGAUACUCAACGGCAUGGAUGAAGAGCUGGACUCCCUCGAAGAGCUGGAGAGGAAACGGCUCUGUCGCAUCAUGACCCGCGACUUCCCACAGUACUUUGCGGUGGUGUCCCGCAUCAAGCAGGACAGCCACCUGAUUGGUCCGGAGGGCGGCGUGCUGAGCAGCACCGUGGUCCCUCAGGUCCAAGCCGUCUUCCCUGAGGGCGCCCUCACCAAGAGGAUCCGCGUCGGCCUGCAGGCCCAGCCUGUAAACAUGGACCUGAUCAGGAAGAUCAUGGGGAACAAGGCCUCCUUCAGCCCCAUCGUCACCCUGGAACCACGGCGGCGGAAAUUCCACAAGCCCAUCACCAUGACGAUCCCUGUCCCCAAGAGCUCAGCUGACACUAUGACGAACGGCUUCGGAGGGGACACACCCACCCUGCGACUACUCUGCAGCAUCACAGGUGGAACGACACCAGCGCAGUGGGAGGACAUAACUGGAACCACGCCCCUAACCUUCGUCAAUGAAUGUGUCUCCUUUACCACGAACGUGUCAGCUAGGUUCUGGCUGAUCGACUGCAGACAGAUCCAGGAGUCUGUGACCUUCUGCACGCAGGUGUACAGGGAGAUCAUAUGCGUCCCCUACAUGGCCAAGUUCGUCAUCUUCGCCAAGACACACGACCCCAUCGAGGCUCGUCUCCGCUGCUUCUGCAUGACGGACGACAAGAUGGACAAGACCCUCGAGCAGCAGGAGAACUUCACAGAGGUGGCCCGCAGCCGAGACGUGGAGGUACUAGAGGGAAAGCCCAUCUAUGCAGACUGCUUCGGGAACCUGGUCCCGCUAACUAAGAGCGGCCAGCACCACCUCUUCAGCUUCUUUGCCUUCAAGGAGAACCGACUUGCCCUCUUCAUUAAGGUUCGAGACAACACGCAGGAGCCGUGUGGUCGCUUGUCCUUCAUGAAGGAACCCAGGUCGUACAGGAGCACAGCUCAAAACGCCAUAUGCAACCUGAACAUCACGCUACCCGCGUACAACAAGGAAUCAGAUUCAGACCAAGACCCAGAAGAAGAGACGAACAGGACACAUGAUAAAUACGACGAAGAGACGGAAUCCAUGGAAACCUCUGUUCUGAAAACACACUUGAUUAGAGAUUCUCCUGCACUUGCUAGCCCGGACUUGCUAUCUGAGGUGUCUGAGAUGAAACAAGACUUGAUAAAAAUGACAGCCAUCUUAACCACUGAUUCCACAGAGAAAUCUAGCCCCAUUGAAGGGGGAAUGCUUGUAAAAGGUGCGGAAGAAGAGCCCGGAGAGCCUUUUGAGAUUGUUGAGAAAGUCAAAGAAGAUUUGGAGAAAGUGAGUGAAAUACUGAGAAGCGGGACGUACUCAGGUAAGGCGGCAGAGUCGAGUGCAGUUGGAAGAGCUGAAAGCCACUCGGUCAUUAAGGACGAAGAGUGGGUAUACCUCAGUGACGGUGAAAUCGAGGAAGCCAAGCAGAUGGCUGCUUUAGUUCAGGAGCCACUCUUACAGGAGGUGAAAACUGAAAGAGCUUCAAGCUCAAAGACCAGACAAGGAAAGGGACAUCUUCCUGGUGCGUCUAAGGCCAGUGCUGCUUCAAAUGUAGUCCAAGAGAAGUCUCGUGCAGUUGCUGUGAGUAGAUUUGGGAAGAAAGAUGCCCCUCGAGGGCUGGACAGUAAAAAAUCACCUGCUGAGAUCAAAAAGCCUGCAAGAAGGAAAUUAAAGGAUGAUAAAAGUAAGGAAAAGCCUCAGGCCACUGAUUCUGGAUCACAGGUAGUUAGGGAAAGUUCCGAAGAGUCCCUUAAUGGAGAUGCUCACUUAAGUGCUCCCACAGCUUCGUCUCAGGGGCCAGUGUCACCAGGUGUGGAAGAGACUCCCAUCGGGUCGAUAAAAGACAAAGUGAAAGCCCUUCAACAGAAGGUUGAAGAGGAGCAGAAAGGGCGUAAGCAAACUCGCAGCAAGCCUUCUCAGCUGCGUGUUGAGAGCAAAUUGCCGCAACCUAAAAAGGAAGCCGUUAAAACACACCAGCCACCUCCAAAGUCUCCCAAAUCAGAGACCGAGAGGUUAGAAGAGACCAUGUCUGUACGUGAAUUAAUGAGAGCCUUCCAGACAGGACAGGACCCUUCAAAGAGAAAGUCUGGCCUUUUUGAGCACAAGGUAUCCACCUCAAAAAAUGAAAAAUCAACUUCAAAAGUUACAGGAGCAUCACCCUCCAUUUCAUCCAAAGACAGUAAACAAGUAAAGGUGACUCGUCACUCUCAGGGACGGGAAGUAUCUCUGGAUACCGUACAGUCGAGCAAGUCACACAAAGAAAGAGACACGCGAAGAACCCCGGACAAGAAACAUGCCAAAGAUUCUAGUGCCAACAUCAAAUCAGAAUCACGGGACAAUGCAGAGACUCAGCAGGUCAGAAAAACAAAAGCAGAAGCAAUAGUAGAUGUAUCAGCAGCAGCUGCAGACUCUGCCACCCAGCCUGGCCUGGCUAUUACUUUCCCUUCAGUAAAUAAAGAAGAAGGCCUCCUCCCAGAUGUUGUUCAAAACACUCUUCUUGAUGACAGUCCCGAUAGCCUUAAACAUGAGGGUGUGGCGGACUCUCCCACCGCCAGCUUGGGUGACGGUACUCCUCAGAUGAGCUCUGAAGAGAGUUACAAACAUGAGGGCUUAGCGGAGACGCCAGAAACAAGUCCAGACAGCCUGCCUUUUUCACCCAAGAAAACCGACCAAUCCAUACUGGAGAGAGCCACAAAAAAUGCAGCAGCUCUUCAAGGGUCUACUCCAAAAGACAAGUCUAAAUGUUCAGUCAUAGAAUCCAGUGCAGGAGACUCUGUGGCUGUGUUGUUUGAUGGUCACAAGCCAACCGGAACACCUCUCACUGCAUCCAGCUCUGAAGAGGCAGACAGUCGGAAAACAAGUGAGUCUGUGUCCACUCUUAAUUGUGAGGCAGUGAACUUAGCAGAGGACCAUGUUAAAAAGGAAAGAUUCUUGGAAAUAUCCCAUGUACUUGAACCGUCACAGCUUUCAAAGAGAAUCUCUAAAACGAUAGACAGCAUUCCAAACAGCAAGGAGGCCCCUCACAGCCAGAGGUCUACAGUGUCCACGGGUUCAGUGACCAAUAGGCCUUCUGCAAACAGUCAUAGCAACUUAGAUCUGCCUCUUAAACAAGAGGACUCAGAGACCCCCAGUCCUUUAGCUGAUGACUCCAUGACUAUUAGUCACAAGGAUUCUUUGGAGGCCAGUCCAGUCAUGGAGGAUAACUCCUCUAAUAAAACCCCAGAUUCCAUCGAACCAAGCCCAACAAAGGAAUCGCCAUGCCGUGACUCUUUAGAGAGCAGUCCUGUAGAACAGAAAACCGAAAGUGGUUUCCUCCCAGUGGGAGGGAGAUCUAUUGGACAAGCUGUAUUCACCAAGACCGACCUUCCCCCUGACCCAGUUCGUAGUCGACUUCUCAGAGACCCGGAGGGCAGUGCCGAUGAUGACAGUUUUGAGCAGACAUCCCAAAUGGAAAGUUCGGGUAAGAGCCCCCUCUCGCCGGACACCCCAAGCUCUGAAGAGGUAAGUUAUGAGGUCAAUCCCAAAACACCGGAUAUGCAGUUGUUGUCUGUUCCCUCAAAGCCACCUGCCAUUCCUGAAGACGUGGAGGAAGAUGAAUCGGAAAGUAGUGAGCCCCCCAAAAAAAUCACACCAGAGGAAGAAAUGUUUAAAAUGGCUGCCAAAAUUAAAACUUUUGAUGAAAUGGAACAGGAUGCUAAAACCAAAAAGGAUGGCCAAAAAGAUUCUUCAGUACUUUCUGAGGCUGGAGAUGAUAGCAUCAAAUCAAUAAGAGUAGCCUCCACUGAUGAGAAAUGCUCAGGAGGUGAACCAGUGUUUACCAGAUCCAAGCAGGACUCAGAAAUAGAUCUUUAUGUUGAACACAUUAAUAAAGUACGACCUCCUUCUCCUUUUUCAGCAGGUUUGCAUGAGAGCUGUGCAGAAGCAGAAAAAGAACCAGGACAGGGACCUCAUCUUGUCUCAGAACCGAUAUCAAAAUUCUGUCGAGCUAUAGAAGACCAAAUCAUUCAGGCGUCAUCUGUUGGAAUCCAAGGCUCUCAUAUGAAAUCAACAACGGGGUCCGUCAAUGGCCCCGCAAAUAUUACAGAUGAGCAAAAGGAAGAGUGUCUGAGAAAGUCCAGAGAAAGCACUGCAGUUGAUUCAAAGGGGGCAGACGUGUUUUGUUCCUCUAGUGUGGCUGUGAUAGAUGAGAACGCAGAAAGCAAUGCAACAGAUGAAAUAAAAGGCGAACAUAUGAAACUUUCAGGGGCACCAGAGACGGACACAGUUACGCAUUCCCAUACUCAUUUGUCCUCUACCGAUACAGUAUGUAUGCACGAACAGCUGAAACCAGAAAUAUGCAUUUCUGAUGACACUGAAGAAGACAAAGGUGAAGAGGAACAAGAGCCAAAAACAGAAUCCAAGGGUGUCACUGCAAGGGCCAAGAAAGACGCAGACUCCUGGAGCGCCAUUAGAGAGGAUGACGAUGCCUUUGCAGCUCGUGUAAAGGAAGAAGAGCAGAAGAUUCUAGGUUUGAUGGUGGACAGACAGUCACAAGGUGCAACACCAGAUACAACUCCCGGAAGGACCCCAACAGAAGAAGGAACACCAACCAGUGAACCAAACCCUUUUCUAUUCCAAGAAGGGAAGCUGUUUGAGAUGACCAGAAGUGGUGCGAUUGAUAUGACUAAGCGGAGCUAUGAAGAAGAAGAAGGUGGCUUCGGUUUUUUCCAGAUAGGUGAGCAACUGUCAGAAAAUGUCCUCUUGGGCGAGGCAAAAGAAGAUCCUCUUGAUUGUGAGGCUGCUGAAGAGGAAAACAGAGUAGCUAUUAAUCUGUCAUUGCAAAUGAAGGUUGAUGAAGAUGGGAAACAAACAGGUGUUUCAACUGAGGCCAUUAGUUGCACAACAAUAGAAGAUGAUGAAGUGGGUGGUGAGCCGACAGCAGCCAUGAAAUCAGAAACAAAAUCCAGAAUUCCCAUAAAAAUGGGAGUUUCUGCUUCAGCUAAGACUGCAAAGAAAGAUUCCGCAACCGAGGAGAUGGCAGAAGUCCAUCCUGAGAAAACAUCCAGUGAGAGUGCAACAGAAGCAGAUCCUAGCUCCCCAGACUCAACCUUAGACAGCAUCCAGACAGGUUAUUCAACUAUCACCAGAUCAGUUUACUCUGAACAGGAUGCAGAGUCUUCAGACUCUUCCCCUGAGGACCAGCACUCGGUCAUUGAGCUCCAUAAUCAGGUAAAAAAGUUUCCAGCUCCUUCUGCUGGCUCAGAAGGCACAGAGGAUGCCUCCACAGCUCCCUCCCAACAGGCAGCUCACUCUCAAACUCAGGCUUCUUCCACUCUUAUGAAGGAGAUUCCCUUGGUGAUAGAGGAAACAAAACCUAAAUCCAGAAUACCAGUAAAAGCCAGCUUACUGAAGUCUGAGUGUGGUUCUGACCCCUCAGUUCAACAUGCAGAAUCCAUCAAAGACAAAAAAUGUAAAUUGCCUGUAAAAUCAGAAUCAAGAAGUAAAUCUGAGACAGAUGCAGGUCCCUCUGGGGAUGCCAAAACCACAAGGUCUUCUAAAGCGAAGAGUUAUUGUGAAGCAGAUUCCUCUAAGGAAUCUGCCAAAAAGGACACUAUGAGUCGGUCAGAGAGUGUGGAUUCCUCAACUAAACCCAAGACCUUCUAUUCCAGGCUUCCUGUUAAGAGUAAGCCUGGACAAAGUGUCCACACUUCAACCUCAGCCAAUCAGAACAAAGAGCAGUUCUUUGAGAUGUAUCGCCAUUCUAUUGAGUUUUUUGAGGAGAUAAGUGAUGAGGCCACAAAGCUAGUAGAAAGGCUAGCGCAGGCUGAGAAAGAGCAAGAGGCUGCAGUUUCAGAUGACGAGAGCAGUACCUUAGAUGCCUCUGUAAUAGAGAGUGAGAGUUUUCCUGAAAUGCAGUUCCCUCCCCCCGAAGACGUCUUUGACGUGAGACCUCACUGGGAUGAUUCUGUCGAGACACAGAUGCAGCGAAUGCCCAUCGAAAAUGUCCAAGAUCGAAGUCAAGUAGAUCCACAGGAGGAUAUGGAAAGGAAGAAGGAGCGGUUGGCUAUCAUUGCUGACCACUUAGGCUUCAGCUGGACGGAACUGGCCCAGGAGCUGGAGUUCACUGAAGAUCAGAUCCAUCAGAUUAGAGCUGAGAACCCCAACUCUCUGCAAGACCAAAGUCAUGCUCUGCUGAAGUACUGGAUGAACAGGGGUGGAGAUGAGGCCACAGAGAGUAUCCUGAUUAAAAAGCUAACUAAGAUCAACAGAAUGGACAUUGUGCAUCUUAUUGAAACAAAAAUCAAGUACAGUUUGGAGCAAUCUUCACGGACCUAUGAGGACAUCGAGAAGACCAUUGCACUGGAUCACGGUGAAAGUUUCUCUGCACUGCAUGAGGACAUCGACAGUCCCAGAACAAUCAGGCGGGUGGAGACAUUGUCCAGGCAGCAAGGGUUUGGCCAGCCUCCUCCCGUGGUGUCACAGGAGGACCUUUCUGCCAGCAUCUCCUCUCUUCAUGAGACCACACCGCAUGUAGAUUCCAACAAGGAACCUGGCCAGCAGGGGGCCGAUGCCAGUGCUACUAUAUUCUCAUCUGAAAACGCCAAAGCAGCAUUGGCUCAUCGGGGAACAACCAAACAAGUGACCCCUGUGUCAGUCCGGCUGGGAGAAGCUAGCCACGCCCCCCAGGAUGUGCCAGAACCAAGCCAGUUUACCCAAAGAGAUGUAUUCGCGCGGCAGCAUAUCGAUGAAAUAUCAGACAGGUUCUACAAAACCAUUUUUGGGUAUGACGUGGUGCUACUUGAGUCCACCGGUGAAGAAGUAGGACCAAAGCCCACAGAUGGGCAGCAAGAGCUUGAUGACGGCUCCGAGCUCAUGUGUUCUGAAUUGGGACAGAAAAGGAGGAUGUUCAUGGCCCCUCUCCCAUACAUGGGCGAAUCACCAACCAGUAGGCCGGAAUGUGACAUGGAUGAAGAAAUGCUUGGCUUUGCUCAGGCACCAUCUGAGUUUCAGGUCGCACCUGUUCAAUUGAAUCCAUUGACUCCUGAAUUUAGGCUAUUAGAGGGUAAACCCAAUAACCCUGAAUUACAGCAGAACCAACAGAAGAUAAAUCUCGUGGGAGUCUCUACAACUGGCAAUAUUCAGAUGUCAUAUGAUCCAGCUAGUGAGUUUCCAGUCUCCCUUGAGGCCCCCCUAUUAGAUGAUCAUAAGGCAUUGCCAGAAGCAAUUACACGUGACACAGAAAGCAACAUGCCAGGCACUAUGGCAAGCAAACUAGAGUCACCAGGAUCUGUAUUACCUGGGAAUACCACUGUACCAUAUUUACUUGCAUCAAAAACUAAGUACACAUCCUCCUCAACUGAAUCUCUGAUUUCAGACAAUGAAUGCCGAUCCCUCUCCCCUGAGUGUGGUUUUGAAUUAUUGCCUGAAGUGCCAGUAAUGCUAUGCGAGGAACAUAGACUAUCACCAGCAGAAUCACUUACAUCAGUAUGUACAUUUAAGUCAUUAUCUCCUGACUCUCCUAUACCUGAAUAUAGUCCCUCAACACCUGACCCAUCAGUUCUGUUGAUUCAAUAUAGGUCUUCAUCACCUGAAUUGAUAGCAUCUGUUACAGAACAAAAGCGACACUCCCCUGACUCACUAAUACCUCAAUAUCUACCCAAGUCUCCUGUACCACCUGUAAUUGAAUGUGGAAUUCCAGAAGUGGAAAUAUUCCCACAGUAUAGAGUCAGUACAGAUUCAGCUUUGUCAGAAAAAGAUUUUAGAUCAGUAUCACCUUUGUCAGUGACGUCUGACAAUGAUUACAGGACACUAUCACCUGAAUCAAUGGCAUUUAAUGUAGAACAUACAAGUAGACCAGUAUCCCCAGAAUCUGUAUUUGAAAGUAGAUCAGAGCUUUCGGAUUCAGUUAUAUUGGAAAUUGAAGAAAGGCCAUCAUCACCAGAAUCUCUAUAUUCAGUCACAGAAGAGAGACCACUAUCUCCUGAAUCUCUCGAUGAAUAUAGACCUUUAUCACCUGGGUUUGCAUUGCUGAAGACUGGAUGUAGGUCAUCAUCGGCUGAAUCAACAGAGUCUGUUAAUGAAUUCAGGUUACUUUUACCUGAUUCUCCUGUAUAUCCGUGUAAUGUGUCAGUUUCGGAUUCUACAAAAUUAGAAGCAGGAUAUAGAUCAGCAUCUCCUGAAUCACAAAUAUCAGAGACAGAUUCUGAAUUGUGGCUUGAAUCUAUGAACGUUGAAGGUCGACCAUCAUCACACGAAUCUACUGGAUCAAUUCAUAAAUUCAAAUGUCUCUCACCUGAUUCCCCUGUACCUCAGUAUAAUGUGUUAGUUUUCGAUUCUGUAACAUCAGAAGCAGGGUAUAGAUCAGCUUCACCUGAAUCACAGUUAUCAGAGAAUGAUUCUGAAUUGUUUCCUGAAUCUUUACAUCUUGAUGAUAGACCAGCAUCACCUGAAUCAACAGGAUCUAUUAAUGAGUUCAGGGUACUCUCACCAGAUUCCCCUGUACCUCAGUAUAAUGUGCCAGUUUUCGAUUCUGCAACAUUAGAAGCAGGGUAUAGAUCAGCCUCACCUGAGUCACAGUUGUCAGAGAAUGAUUCUGAAUUGUCUCCUGAAUCUUUACAUUUUGAUGACAGACCAGCAUCACCUGAAUCAACAGGAUCUAUUAAUGAGUUCAGGGUACUCUCACCAGAUUCCCCUGUACCUCAGUAUAAUGUGUCAGUUUCUGACUGUACAAUAUUAGCGGUAGGGUAUAGAUCAGCCUCUCCUGAGUCACAGUUGUCAGAGAAUGAUUCUGAAGUGUUUCCUGAAUCUUUACAUUUUGAUGAUAGACCAGCAUCACCUGAAUCAACAGGAUCUAUUAAUGAGUUCAGGGUACUCUCUGCAGAUUCCCCUGUACCUCAGUAUAAUGUGCCAGUUUUCGAUUCUGCAACAUUAGAAGCAGGGUAUAGAUCAGCCUCACCUGAGUCACAGUUGUCAGAGAAUGAUUCUGAAUUGUCUCCUGAAUCUUUACAUUUUGAUGACAGACCAGCAUCACCUGAAUCAACAGGAUCUAUUAAUGAAUUCAGGUUGCUCUCACCUGACUCACCCAUACCGGAAUAUAGACCACUAAUAUUGGAGUCAUCGUUUUCAACUGUAGCGGACAGAUCAUCCUCACCUGAAUCAAUAACAUCUGAUUUUGAAUAUGCAUGUGAAACCUAUUUUGAAACCUCUUUUCAAGAAUGUCGAGGACAAUCACCUGAAUCCAUGAGCUCACAAACUGAAUGUACACUGAUAUCACCCGAGCUAUUCUCCAAAGAUAGAUUAGGUUUUAGCUUUGCUCCAAUGAGUAUGUCAGUACCUGAAAACAAAUCAGUGAAAACCGAGUUAUCUACAGCGGAUCUGAAAUGUGCAUGGUCAUCACCAGAACUGGCAAUGCAAAUAUCUGAUUACAGACUCACAUUCAAGCCAGUGUUAUGGAAAUUAAUUUCCCAGGUUUAUGACCCUAUGUACAAAGGAGAGACUUUCUGGGAUAAACCAGGUGUCUUUGAAUACAUAGGGAACAUGGACACAGCGUCGUUCCCCAAAACACCUUUGGAAUUGCAUGAUGCAUCUCAAACUGUCAGGCAAGAUUAUCACUCUAUAUCUGCAGUUCUGUCUGACAUCACACCCAGUGAUGAGGUUCUGCUGUAUGAACAAGGCAAAAUUCAGGUCACUGAAACUAAGCAGGAGCCAUUAUCUCUCGAGUGCCGACUGGUGUCAUCAAUGCCAUUACCUGCAUCAGCAAAAUCGGUUGAUGACUUCAGAUCACUAUCACCUGACUUCCCCUUACCUAAAUAUGGAACCUCCAAAUUUGAGCCAUCAAUGUUACCAACUAAGGAUAGGCCAGUGUCAUCUGAAUCGAUAUCUUCAAAAGCAGAAUAUGGGCGAGUAUCCCCUGACUUCCCAGUGCCGCAGUAUGGAAUGGCAUCACCUAUACUGCCUAUUAUAGGGUAUAAAGCACUUGAAGCUACAGGAGUAUUCCCACAAUGUAGAGUCAUUACAGAUUCAACUUUUUCCCAAAUUAAUAUUAGCCCUGGAUCACCUGAAACAAUGACAUUUAAACUGAAACAAGGAAGUAGACCAGUAUCCCCAGAAUCAAUACCUGAAUGUAGAUCAAUGUCACCAGAAUCAGUUACAUUAGAUACUAAAGAGAGACCAUCAUCACAAGAAUCAUUAUUGUUAGCCACAGCAGAGAGACCACCACCCACUGAAUAUCCUGAUGAAUACACACUAUUAGUACCUAACCUUUCUAUGUUCUUGAUUGAUCGUAGGUCACCUUCCCCUGAAUCACAGCUAUCAGAGAAUGAUUCUGAAUUGUUUCCUGAAUCUUUGAAUCUUGAUGAUAGACUAGCAUCACCUGAAUCAAGAGGAUCUAUUAAUGAGUUCAGGGUACUCUCACCAGAUUCUCCUGUACCUCAGUAUAAUGUGCCAGUUUUUGAUUGUACAAUAUUAGGGGUAGGGUAUAUAUCAGCCUCACCUGAGUCACAGUUGUCAGAGAAUAAUUCUGAAUUGUUUCCUGAAUCUUUACAUUUUGAUGAUAGACCAGCAUCACCUGAAUCAACAGGAUCUAUUAAUGAAUUCAGGUUACUCUCACCUGAUUCCCCUGUACCUCAGUAUAAUGUGUCAGUUUCUGACUGUACAAUAUUAGCAGUAGGGUAUAGAUCAGCCUCACCUGAGUCACAGUUGUCAGAGAAUGAUUCUGAAUUGUUUCCUGAAUCUUUACAUCUUGAUGAUAGACCAGCAUCACCUGAAUCAACAGGAUCUAUUAAUGAGUUCAGGGUACUCUCACCAGAUUCCCCUGUACCUCAGUAUAAUGUGUCAGUUUCUGACUGUACAAUAUUAGCAGUAGGGUAUAGAUCAGCCUCACCUGAGUCACAGUUGUCAGAGAAUGAUUCUGAAUUGUUUCCUGAAUCUUUACAUCUUGAUGAUAGACCAGCAUCACCUGAAUCAACAGGGUCUAUUAAUGAAUGCUGGUUACUCUCACCAGAUUCCCCUGUUCCUCAGUAUAAUGUGCCAGUUUCUGAUUGUACAAUAUUAGGGGUAGGGUAUAGAUCAGCCUCUCCUGAGUCACAGUUGUCAGAGAAUGAUUCUGAAUUGUUUCCUGAAUCUUUACAUCUUGAUGAUAGACCAGCAUCACCUGAAUCAACAGGAUCUAUUAAUGAAUUCAGGGUACUCUCACCAGAUUCCCCUGUACCUCAGUGUAAUGUGUCAGUUUCUGACUGUGCAGUAUUAGCAGUAGGGUAUAGAUCAGCCUCACCUGAGUCACAGUUGUCAGAGAAUGAUUCUGAAUUGUUUCCUGAAUCUUUACAUCUUGAUGAUAGACCAGCAUCACCUGAAUCAACAGGAUCUAUUAAUGAGUUCUGGUUACUCUCACCAGAUUCUCCUGUACCUCAGUAUAAUGUGCCAGUUUUCGAUUCUGCAACAUUAGAAGCAGGGUAUAGAUCAGCCUCACCUGAGUCACAGUUGUCAGAGAAUGAUUCUGAAUUGUUUCCUGAAUCUUUACAUCUUGAUGAUAGACCAGCAUCACCUGAAUCAACAGGAUCUAUUAAUGAAUUCAGGGUACUCUCACCAGAUUCCCCUGUACCUCAGUGUAAUGUGUCAGUUUUUGAUUCUGCAAAAUUAGGAACAUGCUAUAGAUCAGCCUCACCUGAGUCACAGUUGUCAGAGAAUGAUUCUGAAUUGUUUCCUGAAUCUUUACAUCUUGAUGAUAGACCAGCAUCACCUGAAUCAACAGGAUCUAUUAAUGAAUUCAGGUUACUCUCACCAGAUUCCCCUGUGCCUCAGUAUAAUGUGUCAGUUUCUGACUGUGCAAUAUUAGCAGUAGGGCAUAGAUCAGCCUCACCUGAGUCACAGUUGUCAGAGAAUGAUUCUGAAUUGUUUCCUGAAUCUUUACAUUUUGAUAAUAGACCAGCAUCACCUGAAUCAACAGGAUCUAUUGAUGAAUUCAGGGUACUCUCACCAGAUUCCCCUGUUCCUCAGUAUAAUGUGCCAGUUUCUGAUUGUACAAUAUUAGGGGUAGGGUAUAGAUCAGCCUCUCCUGAGUCACAGUUGUCAAGGAAUGAUUCUGAAUUGUUUCCUGAAACUUUACAUCUUGAUGAUAGACCAGCAUCACCUCAAUCAACAGGAUCUAUUAAUGAAUUCAGGUUACUGUCACCUGACUCACCCAUACCAGAAUAUAGACCACUAAUACUAGAAUCAUCAUUUUCAACUGUAGUGGACAGAUCAUCCUCACCAGAAUCAAUGACAUCUGAUGUUGAAUAUGCAUGUGAAACCUAUUUUGAAACCUCUUUUCAAGAAUGUCGAGGACAAUCACCUGAGUCCAUGAGCUCACAAACUGAAUGUACACUGAUAUCACCUGAACUAUUCUCCAAAGAUAGAUUGGCUACCAGCUGUGCUCCAUUGAAUAUUUCAAUACCUGAAAACAAAGCAUUAAUUAGUGAAUUAUCUUCCCCAGAACCAAAAUUUGCAUGGUCAACACCAGAACUGGCAAUGCAAGUAUCUGAUUACAGACUCACAUUCAAGCCAGUCUUAUGGAAAUUAAUUUCCCAGGUGUAUGAUCCUAUGUACAAAGGAGAGACUUUCAGGGAUAAACCAGGUGUCUUUGAAUACAUCGGAGACACUGAAACAGCUAGUACAUCUUUGGCAUGGCAAGAUACAUCUCAAAAUCUCAAACAAGAUUAUCACUUUGCAUCUACAAUUCUGUCUAACAUCACACCCAGCUCUGAGGUUCUGCUGUGUGAACAAGGCAAAAUUCAGGCCACUGAAAUGGAGUCGAUAUCUCUUGAGUGCCUACCAGUGUCAUCAAAGCCAUCACCUGCAGCAGCAGCAUCGGUUGAUGAGUCAAGGUCACUAUUACCUGACUCGCCCUUACCUGAACAUGCAACCUCCAAAUUUGAGCCAUCAAUGCUACUGACUAAAGAUAAGCCAUUGUCACCUGAAUCGAUAUCUUCAAAAGCUGAACAAGGGCCACUGUCCCCUGACUGCUCGGUAGCUCAGUAUGGAAUAUCACCUGUACCAUGUGCGAUAGAGUGCAAAGUUAUUGAAGUAUUGCCACAAUAUCGAGUCACUGUAGAUUCAGUUUCGGCGGAAACAGAUGUUAGAUCUCCUUCCUCAUUAGUAUCUGAUAAGGAUUAUCAUGAAGAAUCGUCUGAAUCAGUCGCAUUUGACCCAAACCAUAGAGGUAGACCAAUAUCAUUAGAGUCAGUCACUGAAUAUAGACCAAUAUCUCUUGAUUCGCUGAUAUUAGAAACAGUACUUGGACAAUCUUCACCAGAAUCUUUGUUUUCAAAAACAGAAGAGAGACAGUUGGCACCAGCUGAAUAUCAACAAAUUUCAACUCGAUUAACCACAUCAGAGACAAAACCUGUAUCUCCCGAACUAAAAGUUUCUCAUACCCAAUGUAUUGUACAUCUAUCACCAGAUAGUUUACACACCGGGAUGCUUAAGUCACUUGAUGAUGAACAUGGUAGUGUACCACAAGAACCCGAAAAGGUUCUUCAAAUGGAUAAAGUUCAACCAGUGGCAGCGAGACUGGAUCAUAUGCUAUCUGAAUAUAACACAGAAAAACAAGAGUCUGUUUUAUGCUCCUCUGUCGCAAGUGAAACCACUGCUGAUUUUCAAGGCUUAUGGGUAGAGUCAUCUAGACAAACAUCCAUACAAGUGCCACCUGCAUCUCUGGAAUCUGCUGCAUCGCUUCAUGGGAUCCAGCUUGAUCAAGAAACAUUCAAGUCACCAAGUGUGAAAAGCACAACGGCUGAAAUUAUAACAGCUAAUCCUAGUUUCGGCCAAAUAUCUGCAGAGAAAACUCAAACAAUAGAACUAUUAUAUGAACCUUCUGAUGCUCCAGUUUACACCAUGCAACCCGUACUGGAAAAAGACUGUUAUGGAAGACUUGUACCCUUGGGAAAAAACAUUUUUGGAGACAGGCCUGUCUGUGAGUCACAUGAGGUCCAGGAUCAAGACGGGAAGCAAGAUGUUCUGAAUGCUGAUAUUUCAAGGAACCAAGAACCCAUAAGAGGGGUUCCACCAAAAACAAGCAUGGAAAAGCAUUUAGUUUCUGAAUCGAGAGAAACAACGUGUGAUUUUUAUAAUACUCAGAGUCAAGUUCAGACUUUCUCUACUCAGUUAACUAGAACCCUUCCCUGUCCAAUAAAACAGACUAUUUCAGAGUCCACUCUGAGUUCGCCUGGUCAACAGAGUCAAAUCUCUUCUGAGCUUAGAAAAAGUCCUUCUGAAUCCCAGUUAAGAAUAUUAGGUCCCUUUCAGUUCAGUCUCAUAGACUCUUUUUCGACAUUGAAGACGCACAGAACGAUAAGUCCUAAUUUAGAAGGAUCCAACCUUCCAAUCAGUUCAGAAGAGUCUGAUUCAGAAAAGGUACCUGCAUUUUGUAGAUCAUCUGGUGAAUUGAGAUCAUUGUCUCCUGCAUCCAAUAGGUCUUCCUUUGAAUUUGAUCAAAAUAAGGGUGAUUUACAGUUAUCUCAUACUUCUUGCCCUUCCCCCAAAUUAAUUCCUGAAUCAUAUGCAGUGCAUUUACUUGAAAAGCAUCAAGAUCUCCCAAUCUUGUCUGAAGUAUCUGGUGAAUCGAAAGAAAAACCAGUGUGUGACUUCCCCCACCAAGUGUACCCAGAGAUUGCAGCUGGUGAUCUGGGAUCCUUUAGGGAAUCAGAAAAGUUUAGUUAUGAGAACAGAUCGCUGGACUCUCCCAGUUCACUGGAAUCUCCUGAAACUAAAGCAUUCACCAGCACUAUAGAAGAAGAAAGUCUUGCAAGAGAAGCGGAUGUGAGUUUCCAUGGACUACCUGAGCAUGAGACGCCGGUCCUCCAACAGAGGCUCAAGGGUUUUUCCACAGAGGAACCCUAUCAUGACUCAAGCUCGGAGUAUUACGACUGUAAGCAGGGCUUGUCAGAUUUUUCUGAGCCUGAAGCUGACGAGCUAAGAAGUGUACCAGAUUUACCUUACUACAUCGAGGAACCAGUCUCCUGCCCUAGCAGUCCUGACUCUGAAUACCCAGAAGAGAGCCCACUGUUAAAACUGAAGCCCACACAGAGCUUUGGUCACUUUCACCCAGAAAGCGAAGAUUUCCAGUUUACCCCCAUUGUCUUUGGGCCAGCUGAAGGGGGCUGGAGCCAGGAGGAACAUCGGAAAGAGGAGGCCUUGCCUUCUCGUAAGGGCACUGUUUCUGUUGUAGAAGCUCCAGAAGAGCUUCCAGUGAGAGAAAAGAUUCAGUAUGAAGAUGAAGAUGAUUUUCUAGGCGGGGAAAUAUCACAGGAACUUGGUGUGCUGUCAGAUAGCUCAGAAGAGGAAGUGCUGACCACCAGGGUGGUUCGGCGCAGAGUAAUCAUUCAGGGAGACGAUGUGCCAGAAAUAUCAGCGGAGGGAGUAACAGAGGAGCAAUACAUUGAUGAGCAUGGGAAUAUGGUCACCAAGAAGGUAAGCAGGAAGAUCAUCCGGAAGUAUGUGUCAGAGGACGGUGUGGAGCGGCAGGAGGUGAUAACGCAGGGGUCGCAGGAAGAGCCCGUCGGCAUUGAGGAAGGACAAGGCUAUUCCAAGGUUGUGAAGCGGACGGUUUUGAAAAGCGACGGAGGCCAGACUGAGGUCACCUUCUCCGAGCCCUUGGCACUGGCUGGGGCUACAGCCUCGGAGUUCGAGGCCGAACCCGUGCAGGGCCGAAAGGUCAGCCAGGUGGUGAAGACCACGGUGCUCCAAGGGGAGAGGAUGGAGAAGCAGCUGGGGGACCCCACACUGGCUGCUGGUCUGCCCUCAGCCAAAGACGACUUUGAACAGGCUCUGAGUUAUGUGGGCGGCUUUGGAAAGAUGUACCUCCCACGUUUAGUAGAGCAGGAGAUUGUCAAAGACGAUGGAUCGGUCAUAAAAAGGACCCGGAUGCAUAAGGCGCACACGCUGAAGAGGACUGUGGUGAGGGACGCCCAGGGCAAGCAGGUCCACCUGGAGCAGCUGGACAGUGUCCCCCAGGCCCUGCAGCCCGGCGAGCUCCAGCGGCACCUGCAGCAGCUGCUCCGCCGCUACUGCACCGACGAGGAGGUGGAGAACGAGCAGGAGCAGGAGGAGGAGGAGCUGAAGGGGGACGAUGAGGAGGAGUGAUCCUGGUCCUGCCCAGCCGCUCCCCCCCUUCUCAUUGUCCCGUACUGCCCCACCCCAGACUGACUCCACUAACCGCCGUGUGUAUCUAGCUGACCCCCUCAGUAUCCGCCCAGAAGGUAACGGGUCAUUUCCCCCCCAGCUGACUCAUGGACCUUUUCCUUUUCCCCGCUCCUUCAAUCUUCAUUUUUGAGUUGUCGUGCUCUUUUUGUGACCAAAGAUAGCUCCUGACUUUGGAAGGUUCUUUUUUUUUUUUUUUUUUUUUAAAAAACUUUAUUUUAAUUGUUAUUUAUGUAGUUUUUUUGGGUUGCAGUGGUUAAAAAAAAGGCAAGAUAAUCAUGCACACCAAUGGGGGGGGACCCACCACAAUAACCAGCAAGAGGUUAAUCGCCAUCCUUACCCACAGGCCUCUUCGCCCAAGGACUUCUUGUAAACAGUGUAUAUAUGAGCUACAUGCUUGGAUUCACCGGGAAAUUCACUACACUGCCUCCUGUAUCUACGCAGCCACACACAAAAAAAGGAGGGAGAAGUACUCAUCCGCUCACCCUUUAUUCCCUGCAGUCAGAGGUCAAAAACUUGGCAUCCCUACCACCUUGCCAUGUGCAGCGAGCCCCUUUCCAAGCUAUCGGAUGAGAAGGGUUGUUGCUAUGGUGCGUUUCGUCAUUGUGGACCUGUGGUUUGCAGAGGGUAACUGCAGUACUCCCACGCUGACAGAGCCCCACCGCAUCCCAGUCCUGGAGGUCCGAUUCAUCUUCUCGUCGUCCUCUGUGGCUGCCCCCAUUCUGCAUGCUCUCACAGAAGCACGCCCUUUUUUUUGUGUGUGAUCAGGUUUCGCCUUUGUGGUGGUCUGUGAGCCCGUCCUAUCACGUAAGCCCGAAGCCAUUUCGUGUCUCUCUGCUUUCGCCGGUGUCGCCAUGGCACUGAGAGAGAGACAGCUGAAUCUCCAGAAGCACUCCUCUUGGUCUGCAGUCGUAACUCAGACUUCACGUAUCCUCCUUCGCUUGGUGUUAAGUGCAGCACUUCCGUCCUCAUGGCUUGUUCGGUUGAUCGGUAGCACACAAACUAUGCAGCUUUGGGUCAGAGGUAAUUUGUGGAGUAGUCGGUGGAGUUUGUGUAGCAAGCGGAGUGGGAGGCAAGGCCUUCAACAACAUUCCUGACUUUGCAGGAGCCAAGUUCAUCGUGUGAGCCAAUGCUAUGACUCUCCUUCACAGACAUGAUCAGAUCCUGGCCUCUUUUUGAUCUAAAAGGCUUUUCUACAUCUAACACGUGAAUAGUACUAAUGUUGCCAUUGCACAACAGCAUGACAGAUUUUUACCAUCCUCAUGCGUUUCAGAUUUGCAGUCUUUCUAGAAAUAUCUCAACUGUGCUGCCACCCCUAGAAUAGCUGCAAAAUUUGUACAUUACAUCGUUAGAGCAAUUUUAGUGGCCUGACAUGUAACAUACCGACUGACUGGCAACACACUACAUAUUAUAUUGUGAUGGCAGAGCUGUGGACUCCAUAGAAAGGAAACAUUCUGGCAGAUCAGCGUUUGUACAGCCAAGUCCUGUGAUCAUUUCCAGUUCAUUCCCAUAUUGUAAUAGCAUUUCAAUUGGCAGGCUUCACUUUGCCUUGUAAUCGUAGUAACUAACUGAAAUUGUCUUGGAAGCUAUAUAACCAAAAGGCAAUAUUCCUCAUUCUCUUUGACAGGACUGUAGGCAUGCGGCUCGCCUGAUGAACUUUGCUCAAGCAAAGUCAUUCCUGCCCUGAGAAGUUUAUUGCGUUUGACAGCAGAAAUGCCAAAUCCACUGUUCCGCACUGUGUCAAUCAGAGAAAGGGUCCCGCUGUGUGACCCUUUGAUGUGCCCACUGUUCAUCUGACAGGAGGUGCAGGGUUAGUGCUGGGGGGCACCUGACUGCCAAGGGAGGACUGGCAAUUCCCGAGGGGGGGGGGGGGGGGAGGGGUUUUCAAGCAGAAUGCGACCAUAGUGAAUGAGUGUGUGGGUGUGGUCUGGGCAAGGUGCACAGUGUCUGUGGUGUGCUGACUAUAUAUCCAUGUAAUGAUAUUAUGGUUUUACUUCCCCACAUAACUGUUUAAGUGUAAUCAACCAAGCCACUGAGAGGUGUCCACAGUUGAUGAAUGAGCAUCUUGUUUCUAUGGUGUAAACUAUUAUCCACAACAACUAUUUAUGAGGGCAUGUAUUAGUAAUUCAACAGAACAUGUAAACCACUAACAAGGCAUAGUCACUGCAGACUGAAUAAAAGUGUUGUAUGUAAAACAAA